AUGUCAACAACUGAAAAUGUUGAUGAUAAUACUACUGAUGCUACUAUUACUAAUAACACGAUUAAUCCACCACCUGUUGGUGCUAUUGAUCCUACUGUGACUGCAUCACACCAAGUUGAUGCAUGUCAUCCAUAUUUUUUAACUUCUUCUGAUAAUCCUGGCAUAAAUCUGAUAAGCUUUGAUGGAACCAGUUAUGGAAACUGGAGGAGAGGAGUUCUUAUCUCUCUUUCAGCAAAAAAUAAACUGGGUUUCAUCAAUGGGGCUUGCCGUAUGCCACCUUCAAACUCACCUUUACUUGAACAAUGGAAGAGAUGCAAUGAUAUGGUCAUUGCUUGGCUCCUUAACUCACUCAGCAGAGAUAUCAAUGAAAGUGUGAUUUACUCACAAACUGCUGAGGAGCUAUGGAAUGAGCUUGAAGAAAGAUACGGUCAAGCUGAUGGAACUAAGCUUUUUCAGCUACAAAGAGAAUUAAACAGCAUUAGUCAAGGAUCCAGUGAUGCAGCUGGAUAUUUCACAAAGAUAAAACGAAUUUGGGAUCAACUAAAGCCUAUUCUAUCAUUUUACACCAAGAGAGUCAAAGAGAGGUUCAUUCUAAUUCUCCUACAAUUACAAAGUCUUCUGCUUUCAUCAACACUGCUGGACAGAAAUGGAACCCACAAAAUAAUCCACAAAGUUACCCCCAAAUACUCAGGAAAUCAGAAACAAACAAAUUCAUCUGUUUAUGGGGGGAACAAGGAUGAUUUGUUUUGUAGGUAUUGUAAGAAAAUUGGGCAUCUUAAGGAAGCCUUCUAUAGGCUAAUUGGUUAUCCUGCACAUUACAAAAUCAGCAAAGAAAAGAAACAAGCAACACAGCACGCAAAUGCAGCAGUAGCAGGUCAAGCCCCAGAUGUUUCAGCAGAUGCUAUCUCUACUCUCAUAACAGCACAGGGUUUUUCUAAAGGGCAGUGUGAACAACUAAUUCAUAUGUUUAAGUCUAUGCAGGGAAGAUCUAAAGGAUCAAACUCUGAAUCCAUUGCUACAGCUAACCUAGCUGGUACAAAUCAUGCUUGUUUGCUUUUCACUUCUUUUCUUUCGAAAAUAACUAACUCUCCUUGGAUUCUUGAUACUGGUGCUACACAACAUAUGACUUUUAAAAAAAAUCUUCUCCAUGACAUAAGAGUUCUACCUUCCCCUAUUUCAGUCCAUCUAGCCAAUUCACAUAAAGUUAAAGCCUACUCCAUGGGAAGUUUGGUUUUGACCCCAGAACUAGAUCUCCAUGGAGUACUAUAUGUAUCAGAUUUUACUCAAAGACAACUUAAAUUUGAUCUUUUAUUUACUGAAGAUGGUUGCAUUUUACAGGAACCUUCUCUGAGGAAGGGAUCAGUUUUUGGUGAUGCUACUGGAGGACUCUACAUGCUAAGGGAAAAUACUUCUACUUUGGAUUCAAAAGCUACCAAGUAUGUUGUCCCAGUUUCUAGUAUUUCAGUCAAAAAUAAGUCUAGAAUUUUAGGUUCUUCUCCUUGUUUUUCAGAGUCUAGUUGUGAAAAGGCUACAUGCCCAGUCCUCUUGAGUCCUGUUUGUGAUACAGAUUCAAUCCUUAAAACCAGGUCACCCCAUCAAGUCCUGUUUGGGAAAGAACCAGAUUAUUCCUACCUAAAGCCAUUUGGAUGUCUUUGUUUUAGUUCUACUCUUGCACGACAAAGGGAUAAAUUGACACCUAGAGCUCUGCCAGCGGUAUUUCUUGGAUAUCCUUUUGGGCAAAAGGGAUACAAGGUUCUUAAUUUGCAAAAUGGGACAAUACACAUUUCCAGAAAUGUAAAAUUUAUUGAAACUACAUUUCCUUUCUCCUAUGGUUCUCCUAUGUCCAAAUUAUUCCCAGUAUGUUUUCCUUCUUCUGAUGGACCUGCUCUUGACUCAGGCUCACAUCCUUCCACAACUCCUCAUUCUUCUCCUAUCACUACACCCUCACCUCCUGAUAGUCCUAUUAUGUCUAGCACUCCUGAUCCCACGAUAUUUACCUCCUCCUCUUCUUUUCCCACUCCUACACAGGUGGAAGUAUUGCCCACAGCAUCAGAGGAACCUCCACGCAGAUCUCAAAGGGUACAUGUUCAACCUAAGUAUCUCUCAGACUACAUUUGUGAUUCUGCCUUUUCUGUUAUUUCAUCUAAUCCUCCUUUACUUCCUUUUUAUCAUUUUUCAUUUUUUGCUAUGUCUUCACAAAAUCAAUCUAUUAUUUCUUCUACAUGUCAAAUAUCAAACUGGGACCUGCUGCUUAAGCUACUUGAAAGAAGUUGCUUGCAAGCUGCCUGUGUGAUUGCAAACUAA